AGAAGAAGAUGAACUGAAUUUGGUGGGCUGGACAAAAACCCCAAAACCAAAACACAGGCGAUGUGACGUCAGACGGAAUAUGCUCCCUCCGCGGGAGACGGCUCCCGCACGAUAUCACAAAAGACUUGGGCCACAAGAUGAGUUCCUUUGCGGGUCGAAUGAAGGAGUAUCCCACGGUGUCUCUGGACCGGUUCGACCGGGAGAACGUAUACUCCCGCGCUUAUUUCCUCUCGCACUGUCACAAAGAUCACAUGAAAGGACUAAAGGGACCAAAACUAAAGAGAAAACUGCAGUUCAGUCGUACAGUGAGACUCUACUGUUCCUUUGUGACCAAAGAGCUUCUGCUGAGCAAUCCCAAGUACUCUUUCUGGGAGGAAUACAUAGUCCCCUUAGAGCUGGAGAGCCCAACUCAGAUUUCUCUGGUCGACGAGACAUCUGGAGAGAAAGAAGAGGUUGUGGUCACGUUGCUUCCCGCAGGCCACUGUCCCGGCUCUGUUAUGUUCCUGUUCGAGGGUUCCCGUGGCAACGUGCUGUACACAGGGGACUUCAGGUUGGCAGCAGGAGACGUCUCGAGGAUAGAACAUCUGCACUCUGGCAGCCGAGUGAAGGAUAUUGAGAGUGUUUAUUUGGACUCGACUUUCUACGACCCACGAUUCUACCAGAUUCCCACUCGGGAGGUCUGUCUGAACGGGAUCUCAGAGCUUGUUGGAAACUGGAUCAGUCAGAGUUCGUAUCACGUGGUGUGGCUCAACUGUAAAGCUGCGUAUGGAUAUGAAUACCUGUUCACCAACCUGGGGGAGGAGUUCAACACGCAGAUCCACGUCAGAAGUCUGGCGAUGUUCAAGAAGAUGCCGGAGAUCCUGAGCUACGUGACCACGGACCGCCGGACGCAGAUCCACGCCUGUCGACACCCGAAGGAUGAGGGGUUUCUCCACGGCAACCGUCUGCCGUGCGGCUGCACGGCCCCCGACGGGACUCCUCUCCACAUCAUCAGCAUCAAACCGUCCACCAUGUGGUUCGGAGAGAGGAUGAGGAAAACCAACGUCAUCAUAAAGACAGGAGAAAGUUCCUUCAGAGCAUGCUUCAGUUUCCACUCCUCCUACUCGGAGAUUAAAAACUUCCUGUCGUACCUCCAGCCGGUCAACGUCUACCCGAGUGUCAUCCCCAUGGGCCGGACGCUGGCAGAGGUCACUCAGAUGUUGAAGCUGAUGUGCAGGAAAGAGGCCGACCACGCGGCGUCCGUAUACAAACCUCUGGGAGUCCUCAAACGCAGCACGACAGAGCCCCCUGCAUACGACUCGGACAGCGACGACCAGCUCUUUGACGGUCUGCACCUGGCGCCGGUGAGGAAGAAGACGGCGCUGGACCAAGACAUGAAAAAAGUGAAGGCGUCGAGUCCUGCGGAAGCGGCGCCCCCUGCAGACGGGUUGGAGCCUUUCCCUCUGACCGUCACAGAAACCAAGCCUGGGACUCGAGACUUUGUGGACUGCACCGAGUCCAACGAUGAGGAGGAAGAUGAUCGGCAGGAGGUGGAAGAAGAAGAAGAGGAGGAGGAGGAGGAGGAAGGGAAGGAGAAUUUAAUGGAGGUGAAGGAAAACCAGAAAAAGGAGAUUGAGGUUGAAGGAAGCGGCUCCUCUGAUCUUCCCAAAUGGGACGAUUUCUUCACAGCGGAGGUGCUGACUGACAGUCAGAACAGCCUCAACAGCCAAUUACAUUCCUGCUGCUCCGUCCCCAGCCCCGCCCCCUCCAAAAUGACUGGUUCACAGAGCCCCGACCUGUUCGAUCCCGAAGAGAACUUCAGCCUCACCCUCUCCGCCUCUCUGUCCGAUCAUUCCUCCCAGAACCUGGAAGCGUAUUUGCCUGACACUCUGCUCCUCCAACCAGAGCAAGGGGGGCGGGGCCAAGAAGACCCCUGGACCAACGCCGUGUCUGGGGCGAAGGAGGGCAACGGCCAAUCGGAAGCGGAGGAGCUCUCCGGGUCGCAGGUGUCGUCGGACUUCGAUAUCCCGUGCACGCCAGAGUCGAAAGUGCCGCGACCCGAUGACCUGUCGCAGCUGUACAGGAAUCUGGCGUCGGGGGAGGACGUGGACGUCAGAAAAGGAAGUCAGCGGCUCAUGUGAAGGAAUUGGUCGGGGCAACAUUUCUUUGUCGAGCUGAGCUCUGGAUCGAUGAUCCAAAUGAGCUUCUGCAGCAGCUCACACGGCGUACAAGUGACACACUUCCUCUGCUUCAGUUAGACCUCAUAACCACAUCAACCUCUGCCAUCAUUCAUGCACUUUAAAUCCACACCUGCCUCACGUGCAUCAAUGCACCUGUGCAAAGAACCGCAUUCAGGCCUUCGUUUGUGACACAAAGUGGGUUGAACACACUUCCUAUGACACAUGUUUAGUGAAUAUUAUGCAAUAGCUGAAUUACUUCCAUCAUUCAAUGCAUUUACUUUAUUCCAGUUCAAACAAAUAAAAUAUUCCUUCUUGAGAAAUAAGGCAAAACUUUUUUGUAAAUAUUUAAAAGUUAAUUAAAAAUGAAAUAACAUUUUAGAUUUUUAUUUGCAGAGUUUUGACCAGAAUAUGUAACAUUUGACAAAUAAACUUGUUUAAUGACAACACAAAUCCUCUAAAGUCAUUUCUGUGCAAUUUAUU